AUAACCGAACCAUGUAAUUGAAAGAUCCAACAGAAGCCACAAAAUUGAUUGUGUACUAGGUUCUCAUUUUUAACCAGAAAAAUGGCGGCAAUUAGGACCACAACAAACAUGAUUCUGAAAGAGAUGCUAAAUUACAGGCUACCUUUAUCUUCCUCUUUCUCGUUAUCGUCAUCCCUCCGUCUAAUUCCUCCUAUCUUACACCCUAAUUCCUUAAGUUUUAGACGGCGUGAAUUCAGCUUCACUCAAAUCCGGUGCGCCGCCUCCGACGAUAAGAAAGUAUCGUCUCGGUUAUCGCAGGUUCAGCAGCUUCUUCAAGAAGCUGAAGAACGAGCUAGCUCCGCCGGGAAUGAGCCGCCUCCAAAGAUAACCCUGGACAAUGUGACGGUGAGUUUUGCUAGAAGCGGCGGACCUGGAGGUCAAAAUGUGAAUAAAGUGAACACCAAGGUGGAUAUGCGCUUCAAUGUCAAAGAUGCUUACUGGCUUAGUGACAGGAUCAAAGAGAAGAUUAUGCAAAUGGAAAAGAAUCGAAUCAACAAGGACGGCGAGAUUGUGAUUUCUUCAACCAAGACUCGAACACAGAAGGGUAAUAUUGAAGAUGCUCUGGAAAAGCUUCAGGCAAUUAUUGAUGCUGCUUCUUAUGUUCCGCCUCCUCCUUCAGAAGAGCAAAAGAAGAAGAUUGCAAAGUUGGCUGCUAUAGGAGAGCAGAAACGACUAAAAAGUAAAAAGGUUCUUUCGGACAAGAAGGCUUUUAGACGAAGUAGGGACAGCUGGGACUAAUUAUUUCUGUAACUCCGGUUAAUCUGUAAGUUAACUACCCGUCUUCUUAGGAUUCAAAUAUUUCUUCAUUGUGUCAUCAUCAAUUUAGUAUUGCUGAAUGAUCAUAUUAUUACAGAAUACAUAAUUGUCUAUUAGAUGAGAAUUUAUCAUAGGAUAUCAAUCAAUCAUGUAUAAUACAUUAAACUUUUGAAAUGUAGAAGUUCCAUUUUGCUGGUCA